AUGCCACGUUCUUACCUCGUCGUCGGUGGCGCCGGAUUCUUGGGCUCGCAUAUCGUGCAGGCUUUGGUCGCCCGUGGGAACAGUGCGGUUGCUGUAUACGACGUGAAGACCCCCGUUGAUGAAGACAGAGUCGCUGGCGUUGAGUACUUUAUAGGUGACAUUAUUGACGAGGUCAGGUUGGUCGAGGUCUUGAAUAAGGCCCAGGUCGACUUGUUAUUCCACGCUGCCUCCCCAGUCCACGGUUUGGAUGACAGUUUGUACUUCAAAGUCAAUCAACACGGCACAGAAAAGGUCCUGUCGGCGUGCAGGGAGGCUAAAGUCACGAAGUUGGUGUACACUUCGUCGACGGGCGUUGUGUGGACUGGAGCGACGUUCAAUGGCAUCGACGAACUGAAGGCAAAGAUGCCGGCACAGGGUUACGAUGCAUAUCACCAUACCAAAGCUAUAGCAGAGAAGCUUGUCCUUGCUGCGAACGAUGAAAGCGACAACUUUCAAGCUGUCGUUCUGAGGCCUUGCGGAAUGACUGGGGAAAGGGACAGUCAACUCAUCUGGCGCCUGGCGAAGGUACUCAACGACGGACAGCAAAAUGUGCAAAUUGGUGACAACAGCAAUCUUGUUGACUAUCUUUACGCUGGGAAUGCCGCUGAUGCGCACGUCCUUGCCGCGGAACGUCUUUUCGAUGCUCCACUAACAGUUGCGGGAGAGGUUUUCUUCAUCACCAACGGUUCUCCGAUGCGCCAAUGGGACUUUUCGCGCAUGGUUUGGAGGGAACUCGGCGACGACGGCUCCAAGACAGCCAUUGUAAUUCCCCGUAGCAUUGGUCUCAUUUUGGCCACUUUGGCCGAACUUUGGUGCCGUAUUACAGGAACCAAAACUGAAUUCAAUAGAUUCAGUGUCAGAUACGUUACUGCUACACAAUGGUACAAUAUAGACAAGGCCAAGAAGCUCUUGGGUUAUGAACCCAAAGUUUCUUUAGAGGAGGGUGUUCGUCGUACCGCAAACUGGUGGAAAGAAGUUGGUAGCACACGGCACGCGCGUGAGCGACACUCGUAA